GAGUCGAGGACCGCGCCGUUCGUGUCCGGGCUGGGGUCGCGGUUGCGGGGUUUGUUGGCGAGUGUCCGGGGUCAUAUACGGGGCUCGACCAGCGAUGUUUCCGACGAGGAACUUGAACGUCGGCGCAAAUGGGGCUGUUAAUGGGGCGAGACGAAGUGCCGCUCCAAGCCCAAGCCCAGAGGACAAGACGGCAAUUGGGUACUGGCUGUGUGAUGAGGGCCCAUAUCGAGACUACAUCGCUGCGUUAAGCGGUUCCAAUCCUGGCUUGAAGAGGCCGGAUCCAAAUAACGAAAAGACGGACCCGAACGAUCCAGCCAAAAAGAAGAAACAUCACCUUUUCAAAGACGGCAACGCGCUUGUCGUGCUCCUUGACGCAGAGGGCUCCGGCGACCCCUCAUUCUCCAAGAAAGAUUUCGUGAACUCCCAGGACCUUCGCAGGCACUUCGAAGAAACCCCCAAGGACCAUGACCGGCGGCGUAUCUAUAUCAUGGAGGGCCUCGCCAAGGACUACAUCUCGAUUAUCGGUGGCCACUUCUUCAUGGACCCUUCAUUCUUCCAACGGCAGGAAAGAACUUGUGUUUGGAGCAAUGAAUUUACUCCUACGAGUGAUGCGCUGCCUCAGCCUUCAUUGUUGGAUCCGGACAGAAGCUUCCAUCUGCAGUAUUGUGAGCUGAGGCAGUUUACGAAGGCCAUUGAGAAUAAGCCUUACUUCUGUCACAGGACGCGGAGGCAUGUAGGCAUGACACCGCCAAGGCACAAGGAGGAUUCGACUACGGGUAUUCUUAGGCGGAAGAUAUCAUGGUGGUGUAGAACUACCAGCAAAGGUGGCUGGGAUGUCGUUAUCCUAUGCGAUCCCCAGCUCGAUAAGCUGGAUCCGAAACCCAAAGAAUACGAUCCAGCAAGCCGCAGCUACAAAGAGAUUCCCAACACGGACUCGCUCCAAAGCCACCCCUUUCAAGACGGCUACAUCGACUUCCUUCCGCCUCGUUCUCACGAGACGGCUGGCGGCAAAGACCCCCAUCCGCACAGCUCAAUGGUGUGCGACCUAAUCCACUACUUCAAGAACCACGCCGACCUACUCUCCGAAGAAGACUGGAAGACGCCCACCACCUCCUCCAUCUUUGUCAAGAAGAUCGUCGCAGCCCACUACUUGCAACUCGUAGACUACAUCAAAGCUAUGCUCCCCUCGCUCGAACUGCGCCUCACUACCGCCUGGGUCGAAGAACAAGACCAGUGGAAGUCGCUGCAAACCAUCUCCCGCCGCUGCGGCAACUACCGCGACGAUAUCGAAGACACGCUCCUCAGCCUCGGCUAUCCCGUCGAGGCCACCGAACUGCACCGCCGCGUGCACUGGGAGAACUGCGAGAAGGACUUCCAGUACAUAUACUUCCGGCUGAAGAUCCUCAAAGAGCGCGCUGAUACGCUCAUGGGCGCGAUGACGGGUCUUGCCUCCAUCGCCGGCAAUCGCCAGAACCUAGAGGAAGCGAAGCGCGUCAAGCGGCUCAACUUGCUCGCUCUGCUGUUCAUUCCCCUCGCGUACACCAGCUCGCUCUUCAGCAUGCAGGAUAACUAUGCGCCGGGGAAUGGGGCGUUUUGGGUAUACUGGGUGAGCGCGCUGUCGGCCGUCAUUCUCACAUUGUUUGCAACGUGGGUGUUGGAUAGUGCGCUUGAUGAGGCGGCGCAGUGGCAGGUCCCGCUCAAGUUUUGGGGCAAGGGAGACCAGGCGGAUAGAGCGCCGCUGAAGAAGAGAACGACGGGGUUUUAUAAUUUAUGACUGGGUACACAAUCUCAUGGUAGGGUUGCCUUUCGCACAAGCAUCUUCUUGAGUCUUUGUUCUUGCAUCUAUUUAUGGCGUCUUGGAUUCCACGCGUCGGAUUUCUCCCACGACUUUACGAGGCCACACGGUCAUAUCUCAUCCGCACUGCCAAAGC